GCCUAUCGAUAAGAGCAGGUACGAGGGGGACGUAUAUAGCACCUCACUUCCCAACAGUACAUACCGUCAACCACAAAGAACCAACUGGACAGCCACACUCUUCCCACAAAAGCUCGCUUUUCAAUACCUAACCAAAACCAAACCCUGGGCUUGUGAGAGCCCUAACCGCCAAGACGUUCUCCAACCUCUUAUCCUCCGUCCACAACCCAUUCGCCGGCCGACGCACAUCUCCCUCUGGGGCAGCGUCGGAUCUUGAUUUCCGCAGAUAAUUUCGUUGAGCAAACAAGCCAAUAAAAACAUCUCAACUUAACGACAUGGCACCUCACGCCGAAGGAAACGUCGGCCAUGCGGAUGGGUUCAAUGUGCAGACGGCACCAGCCAAGGAUCUCUUUGUCGUCAACUCUCCGAAUGUCGAGUAUACCGAGGAUACCAUUAAGACCAGAUACACUUACCGCACCACCGACAUCACGCAGAACGCGGACGGUAAGUAUGUUGCAGCUCCCAAGGAGACUCUCUACGACUUCAAGGUCGAUCGUAAGGUCCCCAAGGUUGGUGUGAUGCUCGUCGGUCUUGGUGGUAACAAUGGAACUACUGUCACCGCUGGUAUCAUCGCUAAUAAGCGCAACUUGGUGUGGGAGACGAAGGAGGGCAAGCGUGCCGCCAACUACUAUGGCUCGGUCAUCAUGAGCUCUACGACAAAGCUUGGCGUCGACAACAAGACUGGCAAAGAGAUUCACAUCCCCUUCCAUGACCUCCUGCCGAUGGUUCACCCCAACGACCUCGUUAUUGGUGGCUGGGACAUCAGCGGUAUGAAUUUGGCUGAUGCCAUGGACCGUGCGAAGGUGCUCUCGCCGUCACUGAAGAUGCUGGUCCGAAAGGAGAUGGCCGCUAUGAAGCCGCUACCUAGUAUAUACUACCCCGACUUCAUUGCAGCUAACCAAGAGGAGCGUGCCAACAACGUCCUGGAAGGCACCAAGGCCUCCAUGGCUCACGUUGAACAGAUCCGUAAGGAUAUUCGGGAUUUCAAGGCUGAUAAUGGUCUCGAUAAAGUCAUCGUGCAGUGGACCGCCAACACGGAGCGUUAUGCCGACAUCCUAGAAGGCGUCAAUGAUACUGCGGACAACCUCAUGAAAGCGAUUGAGUCUGGUCACGAAGAAGUCUCUCCCUCAACCGUCUUCGCCGUGGCUUCCAUCCUCGAGAACGCUCCAUUCAUCAACGGAUCUCCCCAAAACACCUUUGUUCCGGGUGCUAUUCAGCUCGCUGAGAAGUACGGCGCCUUCAUUGGUGGGGACGACUUCAAGUCUGGCCAGACCAAGAUGAAGUCCGCUCUUGUCGACUUCAUGAUCAACGCCGGUAUCAAGCUCACCUCCAUUGCAAGCUACAAUCACUUGGGCAACAAUGACGGCAUGAACCUUAGCUCGCAGAAGCAAUUCCGCUCGAAGGAGAUAUCCAAGUCCAAUGUUGUUGACGACAUGGUCGCUGCCAACAAUGUCUUGUACAAGGAUGGCGAGCAUCCCGAUCACUGCGUAGUCAUCAAGUACAUGCCCGCUGUUGGCGACGACAAGCGUGCUCUUGAUGAGUACUACGCGGAAAUCUUUCUGGACGGCCACCAGACCAUCAGUCUGUUCAAUGUCUGUGAAGACUCUCUCCUUGCUUCACCUUUGAUCAUUGAUCUGGUACUUGUCACUGAGAUAAUGACUCGUGUCCAAUGGAAGGCCCACAGCGCCAGUGGCAGCGCUGCUGAGUACUCUGGUUUUCACAGCGUGCUCAGCAUUCUGAGCUACAUGCUCAAGGCUCCCCUCACCCCUGCUGGUACUCCCGUUGUCAAUGCACUUGCCAAGCAGCGCGCGGCUCUCACCAACAUUUUUCGCGCAUGUGUUGGUCUGGAGCCUGAGAACGAUAUGACUCUUGAGCAUAAGCUAUUCUAGGCUACCAGGUGCACUGCAGAGGUAACAAGUUGCCGGAGGUGUCUGCUAUCUAUUUGAAGUCCUGAUCGUCCAACUCUACACACUCUUUACAUACUAUAGUAAAAUUUCAGACUUAUACGUCA